AAUUCAGUUUUUGACUCGACGUCGCCGCAAUUGGACGUGAGCCUCUCGCGUGUUGCCCCAAAAAAUCGAACAGAGAAUUCUGAACGGAAUACGAGACUUUUUUCAAGUUAUGUGAAACACAAGCGGAUUAAACAAAACACAAAAAUAUCAACGAAAUAUUCGCCACAAAUACCAAGCAAUCGAUCAUCGCGCCGUGCAAAGGAAACAAAUGUUUUGAAAUAUAUUACCACAAAUAUUUUGUGUUCAGUGAUACACCAAAAAAAGUUACCGAAAAGCUAAACAAAAUUUAAUAAGCAAUCCAUUGUUGAAAUAAUUGGCCUGAAUCUGAUUCGAUUAGUUAGCAAAAGACAACCAGAAACAGUUAAACAAAUCAAUAAACAAAUAUCCGUUGGAGUAUAAAAGCAAAUCAGCGGCUAAAAGGCCGCCAAUGAAGGCUGUCCAGAUGACAGCGAUCGGGCAACGAAUUUGACACGCACCCAAAAACUUCAAAGCGAUUCGAAAACCGAAGCCGGGAAACCCUAUAGAUAAUCCCCAGCGACCCGAAGAUCGAGGUGCUAAUACCACACAGCCCCCGCCCCUCUGAAAUCACACGAAACAAAUGUGGAAAAUGCUGGAUAUGAUGGAUCUGUCCGAGGCCGAGCUCUUCAUGUUCGACUGCGACGACUGCUCGGGCACGCCCCUCGCCCCACCGCCCCAGUUCCAUCCCCCGCCCCCAAGGCCGCCAGCUCUGGCCGAGUUCACGGUGGUGCCACAGGACUGCAACGAGGAGCAGUUGGCCCAACAACAGUGGGACAGCGAUGUCUGCCAGGCAAUGCCGAUCUUGGAUGCCAGCCUGUACAGCAGCCAGUCGUUGGCCACAUCGGCCAUGAUAGCCGUGUUCUCGCUGCUCUUGGUCUUGAUUGUUCUCAUCUCGUCGCUGUUCGUUUGGAAAAACAAGCGAAAGGUGCAGAAUCUGCUCCCCUGCAAGACACCCACCCGCGGCCCUCUCAGUGGAGCCAUGCCCCUCGGCGGUGGCACCUUGGGAUCGGCGCACCACCAUCAUCAUCACGGGAUGUACGAGGAUCCGGAUGCCCACCUGGGUCACCACAGACCACUGGUGAUGCACCGGCAUCAUCAUCACCAGCAGCUGGCGCAUCACCAUCACUAUCAGCAGCAUCACUCAGAGCUGCUCCAAGGCAAAAGCAUUCACUAUCCCAGUGGCUAUCCCAUGACGCGUUCGCCACCGUUCCUGGUCAGCUCCUCACCUGGACCAGAUCCCUAUCGUUCUAAUGACAAUGUCUACGAGGAACUUGGACCGGGACGCGUUGACUCCGAUGGUGAAUCGGAGCCGCCACUGCACUCCGAUGACGACUUCGCCGAGGACGAACUGUCGCUGCCAGGUGAAUGCAGUUUCCAGAAGGAUAACAACCCGCCCACAGCUGCAGGUGCCACGCCCUAUCACGAAAGGGCGGCGGGAAGCGGCAGCAGCGGUACAGGAGCAGCAGGAGGAGCACCUGUUGCAGCAGCAACAUCCUCGAACCUGCAACAGGUUACCCAAGAGCGCCACAGUGUCCUGAGCAGUGGUUCCUCCAGUGGUCAGGAUGCCUCCACGGCAACAGCUUCCUCUGCCAGCAACAAUAAUCACGAAAUGGCAGCGGGCUCGAGCAAUCGUCGUACUACCAGGACGCGACAGCCGCGAAACACUCAGGAUCAGGAUCUCAACAACAGCAGCUCGACGGCGGACAUUGCCGACUUGGCACCACUGUACGACAACCGCAGCAAUCUGAUGUCCCUCGGCUACAUGGCUCGCUCCACAGCCCCACAAUUCUACAAUACCCUGGAACACGAAGUGGAGCGCAGGAAUAGGAUUAACGCGCAGUUGAGCAAAAACCCCGUGCCACCACUUUCCACGAUCUACAGGGAACGCAUUCGCUAUCCCAACGCCAGUCAGCAGUAUCCUUCCAGUGCGGCCAGUGGUUUAAUGGCAGCCACGAUGCGGGCGAGAACCCAACCGAGGGUAUUGGAUCGUCGAUUGGCACCACAUCAGCACCAGCACCACCGCAUCCACGCCGCUCCAAUGGCACAGGAGCCAUCCUACUGCUACGCAGAGCCCAUGUACAAUGCGAAUUAUUACUACGAAAGUGCUGGUGGGGCAAGACCUUAUGCCUCCACACUGCUACCCACUGCUGGGGAUUAUAGACACCCCUAUGGGGAUUCCAGCUUCGGUUCGGAUUCGGGAUAUAGCCACCAUACGCCCGCCAGUUCGAUCGGACGACAGGACUACGAUCUCGCCGAGCCACAGAUGGUGAGCCAACCGAAGCCAAGCAAACUAAGUUCCGCAUUGAACUUCAGUUGGAAUCGCAAUUCCCGGGGAAAGGGAACUUCAGGAGGAGCUGUGUCCAAGACUUCGGGAAACAGCAGCAACAGCAGCGGCGAGGCCACGAGUCCCAACAACAACAGCAGUGCCUGCUCCACCGUCACCUCCCAGUUGGAAAACAAUAAUGCUGCCAGUCUCUCACCAGCGUAGAUAACUAAAACAUUUAGGCACCCUAAAUAGAAUCCUUGUAAAUAGAAGGGGGGUUUAAGUUAAUACCCCUUGUACAGUUAGUCAUAUCUCGUAGGUUAAGUAUACUAAAUAUCAAAACUGUCCUGCGUGUACAUCGUCAAAGCAAUAGUUAUUAAACAUACUGAGCCUAACUAAACUUCAAGAAGAGAACCCAAAGUUUCUCGAUAGGUCUAUCAAAGAGGGUUGCCAUACCACCAAGUUUUCGCUCUGUUUCAAAAGCGAAACUUGUCGCAAAGCAAAGAACUUAUAGGUCCUAAGUGUUUUUCCAAUGUGAUUACCAAAUUCUACAAUAUAUAUAAUACUAAACUAAACUAGAAACUGCAAAACUAAUUUAUAAUCUAGUUCCAUUAAACGUAUGUCCAUAAUGUACUCUUAAGUUUAACUUUAGUUUUGUUUGUUAUUUUAGUUUUUAAGUGAAGUAUAAGAGAAGGAGAACUGCUAAAGAAAAAUGCGUUGAACAGAAGGUCAACGAAAUAUACCAAAAUAUUAUAAAAAAUUUAAA